GCAGCUGCUCCUCUCGGUCCGUCUCGCGCUCGGUUCCCGGAUGUCGGUUCCUCAGUUGAACACUCGGUGCGGUUUCAUGUUUAAAGGAAGCACCGCGUCACACUGAACAAACCGGAAGUGGAUUAAGCAAAAACAAAACAGAAGCUCUGUUCCGAGGAAUCCUGCCUGCUGCUGUUUCAUCCAAAAUCAACUGGAGUGACACUUUUUAAAUUUCUAUGAGUUGAUGUGUGGAGACGGAGAGAGCAGAGAGAAGGAUGGAGAGAGCGGAUGGUGCGAGUGUGGAGCAGCAGGCAUGGGGGAAACUGGUCCGAGUCGGAGCCUCAGCAGAAUCAGCGCUCACUCUGUUACUUGUUAAUAAAGAGUGUACAGUGGGCCGGAGGAAAGGCUGUGAUUUGUCGUUUCCCGCCAAUAAACUGGUCUCAGGUGAUCACUGUAAAAUCACACAGGAUCGGGAGUCAGGACGGGUGUGGCUUGAGGACACCAGCACUAAUGGGACGGUAAUAAACAUGUCCAAACUGGUGAAGAAACAGAGCCACUUACUGCAGGACGGUGACGUUAUCUACUUCGUGUACAGGAAGAGUGAACCAGAGCAGAACAUUGCGUAUGUGUAUCACUUGAUCACACCUGAACACUCAGACUCUCAGGAUACUGAAGAGCUGAUGGAGAGAAUCGAUCCGGACGUUGAUCCUGCUCCAGUGGAACCGGUUACACUCCCAUUCAUACCGCAGGAGAUGAAGAUCCAGCCUGGCUUCGAGGAAUCUCAGCCCUCUACUUCCUACAACAUCGCUGAGCCGACCACACACACUCACACACACACUCUCAUAGGAACAGGUUUUAGUGACGUGAGAUCAGCGCAGUCCUCAGUGAAGCGUAUGGAUGGAGAGAGUGAGACAGAGGAGUGUGUACAGCCAGACAGGAAGAGACAGAAAACAGAAGAUCCUUGCACGGUUUAUUCCGCUGUGGGUGAAUCCAGCGCUCCAGCAGCUCCUCCUAAAUCAGGGAAAGAUGGAGGAGAAGGAAGCAAAACGGAUAAAAUGGAGGAAUCCCUCACCUGCAUCAUCUGUCAGGAUCUGCUACACGACUGCGUCAGUCUGCAGCCCUGUAUGCACACGUUCUGUGCAGCGUGUUACUCUGGGUGGAUGGAACGUUCCUCUCUCUGUCCCACUUGUCGCUGUCCUGUGGAGAGAAUCCGCAAAAACCACAUCCUCAACAACCUGGUGGAGGCGUACCUGCUCCAGCACCCCGAGAAGUGCCGCAGUGAGGAGGACGUGCGCAGCAUGGACGCUCGUAAUAAGAUCACUCAGGACAUGCUGCAGCCCAAAGUGGAGCGAUAUUUCUCCGAUGAAGAAGGAAGUUCUGAUUAUCUGUUCGAGCUCUCUGAUAACGACAGUGACAUGUCGGAUCUCAGUCAGCCAUACAUGACAUGCAGGCAGUGUCCAGGAUAUAAAAAGGACUUUAGCCCCGCCCCCUGGAUCUGCGGCUCCACCAGCGAGACGGCACCGACACCUGGAGACAGACCGUCCACGUCCUCAGAUACCUGCACAGAAGCUCAGGGGUUCACGUGUCCCCCUCAAGGCAGUCACCUGAUCUGUACCUGCUGUUUACAGCCAAUGCCUGAUCGGAGGGCGGAGCAUGUUGGCACAAACCCCUCCCCCCAGCACUGUUUGGUGUGUCAGAGGCCGUUCUGUCACCUGUAUUGGGGCUGCCAGCGAGUCGGGUGUCAGGGCUGCUUGGCACGGUUUAGCGAUCUGAAUCUGACUGAUAAAUGUCUGGACGGUGUCCUCAACAACAAUCACUACGAGUCUGAAAUCCUGCAGAAUUAUUUGAGCUCCAAAGGAAAGACGUGGAAGGAGAUGCUGCAGGAGGCGCUACAGAGCACACAGCAAGACCUCUACCACCUUUCAGAUUACCGUAUCAAUGGGAACUCCUUCCUGUGUUACUGCUGUGGACUUCGCUUCUUUAAAGAGCUUGCGUACUCUUACAGAGCUAACAUUCCUCCUGCUGAGCUACCAGCUGCAGUGACGGUGAGACCAGAUUGUUAUUGGGGUUGUAACUGCAGAACACAAAUCAAAGCUCACCACGCCAUGAAAUUUAACCACAUAUGUGAGCAGACACGCUUUAAGAACUGAGGUUGUCCUCUGGAUGGUGAAGUCACAGCUUUGGAUUUAAUUUUUUUAAACCUAAUUAAUAAUCUUGGUGUUACAAUAUGCAAAUUCAAUCAGUUUGAGGGCAAAGAAACUGAUGUUGCUUUGUAAUAGAUAUAGUUUUGAUGUUAAUCUGCACUUUCUGUGUGAGUGUGUGUGUGUGUGAGAGAUCAGAAUUCAGUUUAAAAUCAGAUGAAAUGAGCAAUCGGGACUGUACUGUACCGUAGCGUACUGGACUGUGACUGUUGAAGAUGGAGCUGCCAUUAAUCAAACACUUAAACGUUGUGCCUAAUUAGUAUAUGCUGGUUUAAUAUAUUAUCUCUUCAGUAUCAGUUAUGUUGAUAAUUAAUGCUAAUAUCUUGUUGCUUGUUUUCUCCUUUGAGAUUCUGCUUUGCUGUAUUGUUGUUCCUCAUGAUGAUGUGAGUUAAGCAUCGUGGGUAACGUGGUGUUUAUCGCUCAGAAAUCUGUUACCGGCUUCCUGUCUGAAUCUUGAGCUUCCACUGGACUUUUUUUUUUUUUUUUUUGCUGUAGCUAAGUAUUUCUGUGCACAUUUUGUCCAUAUUAUCACUUUUUAAUACUGGUGUUAGACAAAUUUCUGUCUCACACACAUGCGUGUGUACACACUUGCUGUCUAAUCUAUCCUAUGCAUGAGAAAAGACUAAAACAGUCUGAUAAGACGCACGAACACACCGCUGCACAUUACUAUCACCUCAAUCAGCUGCUGCUUUCACUUUUCCUGCUCCGGAGACAAAAACCGAUGCAGGUCGCCAUAUUUAAUCAUUAUUUCCACUUUGACUCUUUAUUAAGGGCUAUUAGGAGUCAAUGAUUAACCCAUGUCUCUGCUUUGGACAGCUGUGUGUUCAUUAAAAAGCCAUUCUAAUCAAGGAUUUUGUAAUUAUGAUGUACAGAGAUACGACAGGAGUCACUAACCACCAGUGUGUCCUAAAUGUGCACUAAAUUUGGAGUAUAGCUGGAGUAUCCUAGUGUGUGAUAAAACAGAAAAUAACCACUCUAACAGUUAUGAAUAUUUUAAUAAUUAUGGCUGGCUGCAGGAACAGCAACAACAAACAGAAAUAAAUCUGUGAUAAAUAAAUGGUGCUGCAAUAAUACACUGUCGUGAGAAUGGAAUAUGAUGACGCGUGUUUUACUCAUGAGGUGAGAGUCGAACCUCGUACUGUACAAUUACACUGACACACAUCAUCCUGUACUGUCCCACAAUAUAAUGCUGUUAUUAUUCCACAAUAUAUGAUAAGUCACUGUUACUCUUCCACAACCUUACACUGUUAAUUACAUCAUACUGUACUGUUACGAUGCCAUGCUGUGCACCACACGACACUUUUACUCUCAGCCACUCUCACCUCAGCCUCGUGUUCUGCCGACUGUACCAGCCUGGAGUUUUCAGCCAGAGUAUCAUGACAGGAAACAGCUAUUAGUUCACGCACAAGUAGCACAGAUUUAUUUUCAGUCUGCUGGAGCACGCCUGUAGCCAUCUGUACGCCGGCUCUGUAGUGUUGUGAAGAUAUGAGAUAUUAGUGGUUAUUUUUAAUAAUCCUGGAUUUACUUAAAGCUUCAUUAAAAAGUUCAAGUGAAUAAUAUUUUGCUGAUGACAAAUUGAGAACCCGUUGCAUUAUCAGUAAAACCAAUCAAUCAUUUUUAGAUAUGUGACCCUUUUUAAACAAUUUUCAGCCAAAUUCUAACCUUUACUUUUGCGCUCAUGUUGCACUUGAGAAGCCACAAACUCUAGUCAGUGAAACACUUUGAGGCCUUACGCAGUCAAUCAUAAAACAAACUGGAGUAUGUGUCUUCAUGUGUUUGUGUUGUGCUAUAGGCAGCAAUACAGCUCUAAAAUGAGACCUAUAAUAUUGUAGUUUAUGGUAUUUGUAAAUAUCAGGAAGAAUAAAAACAUCCACGACAUUAUUAGAGAGAGACUUCUGUAAUCCUCAAGUUACUAAGAGAGAAUCCACCACUUUUCUGACACUAUUAACGUCCUUAUUUUGACAUCUUGGGUAGGAGUUUAAAUUGGUCAUUAUUUGUUUUCGCCCUUUUAUAAUGUAAUAAAUUGGUUACGUGUGCAUGAUAAUUGAUUAAAGGCCGCAAUGGGCAUCAGUUCAGGCCCAUUCAGGAUGCUUGAGUCAUGCUGAAGCACCUGUUUGGGAUUUAACCUAACUUCAGAAACUGCUUUGUAUUAUAUGAAGGAAAUUGUUCACAUUAAAAUGACAUUUUAUACACUUAUCUUGUAAAGUCUUGCUCUUGUUCUACCUCAGCCAAGCUGAAGCAAUGGGUUGAAAACAAAUAAACUAUGCUUUAUGUGUUCAGUAA